AUGUUAUAUCUUCAAGUAGAUUUUGUUAUGUUUUUGCUUGCAACGAAAUGUGUCCCGGUGAAUACGAGAUGUCCCUUAUGUGAGGAGUUUGAUGAGUCAAUUUCUCACGUGUUACUUACCUGUAGAGUGGUCAAGCAAGUCUGGGAGAGAGUAGGCAUCGGGACUUCAUCGGCUGCUGCAGGGACAACUUUUCUGAACUGGUGUAUCCUCAUUUUCAAGACUUUGACAGCAGAAAAACAAUGUCUUGUUGCUGCACUGUGCUGGGCAGUUUGGGGAGCUAGGAACGAUGUUGUUUGGCAAGGAAAACCGAUUAAUAUUUCAGCAAUAGUAGCUUCUGCAAAAAGCUAUCUUGAUCAAUGGCAAAACGCUCAAAAAACUCAAAUUGAGUCAUCUUGGUCUGAGCUUCAAGACUGUGAUGGGACGGAGCGAUGGAUUAAACCACAGAAUAAUAGUAUCAAGAUCAACGUGGAUGCGGCUAUAUUUGAAGGACAAAAUCGGUUUGGGGGUGCUAUUGUUAUUAGAGAUCAUAAUGGUUUUUUAAUUGAAGGCCAUACUAAAUUGCACCAAGGCAACAUUGCUCCUUCUGUAGCGGAGGCUUUGAGCUUUCGGGAAACCUUAAGCUGGAUCAAAGAUCACCAAUCAUAUCCCGUAUGGGUGGAGACCGACUGCCUUCUGGUCAUUCAAGCUUUAAGGAGCUCGACUAGCUUGACUUCUUAUUUUGGUUGUGUGAUUCAGGAAUGUAAAGCCAUGUUGGCUAACUUAAGCAAUGUUUAUUUUUGUUUUGUUAAGCGGUCAGCUAAUAGAGUCGCUCAUGAGUUUGCAAGGGCGUCUUUAUUUUAUCCUGAUUGUACUUUCAGUAUGGGAAACAUCCCUACUGAGCUGUUGCCUAUUUUGGUGACAGAGUUUGAAGGUUAA